AUGCAAUUUCUGAAGCGACGCACCAUUCCGUCGAGGCGACGGCGAACCCCCGUUUCUCCAGUGUCUUCGGUCUCGACAAUCACUGAGUUCAGAGAGACCACGAAAGAAGCGGAAGACGAUCUGCGUCUGUCAGCAGAAUUUCUGGGUUCUUCAUCGGGAGCGAAAACUAAAGGACCCCGCGAAACACGGCGCACACGAAACACCAUUCGACGGAGCACAACAGCGCUUGCAGUCGAUGGCAAUAAAACCGAUUCUCAAGCCACGCUCAGUGUGCUGUUAUCCCUAACGAGUUGCGUGGUGCCUCCGUCGCUCACGCCCGAUGACGCUGCGCUGUCUGUGGCUCUGAAGAGUUCGCCGCCGCUGAUUCUUCGUGAGCUGCUGGAGAAGCGUUUGCUUCCGUGUACUGCGGGGGUCGGUGGGAAGCUCCUUUCUCUGCUUCUUGUCGAGCGAUUCUUUCUGUUAUCUGCACCGUAUCGUGCAGCGGUUGUGGCUUUUCGUCGUUUUCUGCUUCACCUCUAG